ACUGUUGAGACACUUGUAGGAAUUCUCAACGAGCCCUCCUUGUGACUGACUUUUUCAUUACUGUACCACCAAGUCCCGAAGUUCUGAGGUUUCGACGAGAUUGGCCACGGCACGCAGCAAUGGCACCCAACUCUGUGCAUAUUGUGCUCAGCGUAGCAUGGCAGGAUGCUGGCGACACAACACGGGCAAUUGCAAUGGCCAUAGCAUUGCGAGAUAUGUGCCCGCCCGGUAUCGACCUCAAAAUUGACUUCCUCUCAUGUGGUUCGCGUUUCGAAUACCAGAUUACAGACGCCGGCUUCAACAUCGUCCCGGCUCAGCCCCGCGUCAAGGGAAUUUCAGUCGCGCACGACCUUGGAUGGGACUGGCCAGAGUUCUUUGGCUCGGAAGAGAUUGCGAAAACGUUCAUCGAAGGCCAACUUGCGGCUUUCAAAGAGCUGAAGCCUGACAUCGUGUUCCAUGGUAUGUGGGCACCGGCGUCUAUCGCUGCACGACUGCUAGGCAUCCGAACAAUCAACUUCCUGCCUGUGCCACUUCAUCCCGGGGCUUUCGCACAUGGCCUCGUUCGGGAUCUUCCAGACAUGAUGCCGCUCUUUACUCGUCUACCCCGACCUAUCCGGCAACGUAUGGCAUGGUGGGCCAGUGGCUUGAUGAUCAAGGCGCCGAUUUUCCAGCAAAAGCGGUUGGGUGCAGCCGCUGCGGCUUGUGGUUGGCCUAUCAAGGGGCCAAUCUCCCUUUUCGACAUGAACAUGGCGGACCUCAACAUCGUCAACGACCAUCCUAUUUUCCAUCAUGAAUACCUGAAUCGACUCCCCAAGAACAUUGUUCUUACCGGCCCACUGUACGCUGGAAGUGAUUCAAAGCUAGAUGGAGACAUUGCCACUCAUUUAACAAAGGGACCUGGGCGGUCAAUCCUGGUAACUAUGGGUAGCUCCGGUACCGAGGAAUUCCUCUUCGAAGCGAUCAAAGCACUCAAGAUGAACCCUGAGGAUGACUGGAAUGCCGUCAUCUUAGCUUCGAAGUCCAUCUGCGACAUCGACAAGGCCAACGUGGUUGCAGGUGGUGACGCCCGCCUUCUGGUGACAGACCGAUUCAUCCCGGCGCCUGCUGCAAAUGCUCUUGCCGACGUGAUCGUCACACAUGGAGGGCAAGGAACCGUUCAGUGCGCCUUGGCUGCUGGGAAACCUCUCGUUGGUGUUGCGUUGCAGGUUGAACAACAGACGAACCUGGACAACGCGAUGAACGCUGGAGCGGGAAUCCGGGUUCAGAAGCAGUUUUGGAAGGCCAAGAAUAUUCGAUCAACGAUUCUCACAGUAUUGAACGACCCGACAUAUGCUGCGAAAGCGAGGAUGCUGGCCGAGACAUUGAACUCUAUGGAUGGCGCGAAGACGGCGGCGGAGGUUAUGUGGAAGUUUAUCCUGGAAGAGCAGACCGAAAAGUUCAAAAUGUAGGAGAAUGUGAGGGAGGACAUCAUGAUAUCAUGACAACCUCUUGCAUGCGGUGUUCCGAGUUGUGACGCAGGAUGAUUGGCUCUGGCGCGGCAUGGCGCUUAUGAUAGUUUUGACCGCUAUAUAUCCUUCGAGGACUCUUAAUAAUUGUUUACCAUACGUGCA